GGCAAAAUCCAAUUUAUCGGAGCAACAAAUAACAAUGGGGAAGAGGAGGUUCAAACAGGUUUCAACCAGCGACGAAGAAGAUGAGGAAGAAGUUCCAGGUCCUUCUUCACGGCGUCCUUCUUCUUCUUCUUCACAGUCGGAAAAUCACAAGAAAAAGAAGGUUAAGCUUGAGGAAGAAGAAUCUGAGAGCAGUGAAAACGAAGAUGAAGCGGUGGUAGAGGACGCGAAGCCGAUUGGAGAAGUAAUCAAGACUACUGGUAAAGGAAGAGGGCGGCGAACUCACCAUAAUGCUUUCGAGUACGAUGGGAAUCGAUUCGAGUUGGAAGAUCCGGUACUUUUAACACCUGAGGAUCCAGAUCAGAAGCCUUAUGUUGCUAUCAUCAAGGAUAUUGCACAAACCAGUGAUGGGAGUGUGAUGGUUACUGGGCAGUGGUUCUAUCGUCCUGAGGAAGCAGAAAAAAAGGGUGGAGGAAGCUGGGAAACACAUGAUACUAGAGAGCUGUUCUACAGUUUCCACCAUGAUGAGGUUCCAGCAGAAUCUGUAAUGCACAAAUGUGUAGUGCAUUUUGUCCCUUUACAGAAGCAGCUUCCACAACGCUCACAGAAUCCUGGUUUUAUUGUCCAAAAAGUGUAUGAUACUGUAGAGAGAAAACUUUGGAAAUUAACAGAUAAAGAUUAUGAGGACAAGAAGCAACAUGAAAUUGAUCUUCUAGUUCAGAAAACUCGAGAGCGUCUAGGAGAACUUCCAGAUAUUGAGCCUGAAGAUCCUCCUGUUGAACAGGAAGAGACAUUGAAGAAUAAGCGUUACCUCAGAAGGAAAAAUAUAUCUCCUCUUGAUGUGUCAAGGGAAGACGAUGCCACCAGGCCUGAUCUAAAAGCAGAAACACCAGGAAGUGGUUCCAAUGAUGCUUCCGAGUUUUAUUCAAUAUUAGCAAACUUCAAGGCUUUAACUGGAGAUUCAUAUCGUGACAAAUGUUUGGGGAGACUUCUUCAAGCAAUUCAGUAUGCAUGCAUCUCAAAGGACUAUGUGCAGGCUGAUGAUAAAGAUAAAGUUGGAUCUGCAUGCAUUGAUGGUGCUGCAAGUGGAAACAAUGGCUGUCAAGAGAGUAUGAAGGGUGAUGAAGCAAUCCACUGGCCAGAUGCUGCUGUUGCAGCAGUAACUUCUCUUGAGAGGGUCUCACAUGAAACUCUUGCCUUUGAUUUUACGAAGUAUAACCAGAAGAUGAGACAGCUAGUAUUCAACCUCAAGAGCAAUGCGAUGCUAGCCAGACGUCUAGUAAAAAGAGAGUUGGAACCUUCAAGAAUUCUUAACAUGUCACCUAAUGAACUAAAGGAUGCUCUUACAGAAGAAGAAACUCCUAAGGAGGAGCCUGAAGAAUCCGAACGCAUGCAGAUGACAGAUGCUCGAUGUAAAAGAUGCAUGGAGAAGAAAGUGGGUCUAACAGACAUUAUACGAGGAGCACGUGGUGACCGCUAUCAGUUGCAAUGUAUUGCAUGCGGUAACACAUGGUUUGCUUUCCGAGAUGAAGUCUCUACACUGACCAUAGAAGCAGCAAGUGUAGUUGGAAAUGUGGGCACUGCACCAUGGGCCACAGCGAAGUUCGAAGAUGUUGAGAAAAAACUGGUUACUCCCCGUGAGUCAGAGAAACCGGACAGCGAUAUUUUUAAGAAGAUAACUGCACCUUACAUCCCCGUCUUGCAAACACAGAAAUCAUUUGGUAAGGCAAAAACUGAAGAUCCUUUGCCUACUUCUAACAAUGCGGUGUAGAAAGUGGAGCAAUGGUUUGUAGUUUGUACAGCUAGUUGGUUUUAUUGUUCAAAGGUUGUGUUUUUUUUGUA